UUUGUUUAUUUUUCAUCAACUAUUUGCUGAUUCAACAAUGUCUACCAAUGGUGACCCGUCGCAACUACGAAAUCCAGAUUCCAAAUUUUAUCCAGGCGAAGAUGAUUCCAUCCAAUCAAUGGAUGGAUCAUCACCUCACGACAAUGUGGAUCACUCUUCCAAACUCAACCAAUCCGUCCUCUCCAAUGUUAAUCAUAUUGAUUCCACCAUUGUUGAUCCGACACAUAAACAAGAACCCCCAAAAGAACCAACUAUUACUGCGCUACAGAAAGACCACGGGAGACCCAUUGUCACUAUGAGAGAAUUGUUGAGUGAAUUGAAGAAUGGAGAAUCUUCAGCCGCCCUUGUCCAUAGUAAAGAAAUCAAACAUCAUAGAGAACAAAGCAGUGUUGCCAUGGCCUUGAUCAACAAUAUCGGGGGAUCUGAUGAAGGACAGUCAAGGCAUCGAAUGCUUAAGUUUGCUGCAAAGAGGUAUGCUAGUGCAAUAGAGAGAAAUCCAGAUGAUUAUGAUGCGCUUUAUAAUUGGGCACUGGUUCUUCAGGAAAGUGCAGAUAAUGUUAAUUCAGAUACUAAUUCACCAUCCAAAGAUUCUUUGCUUGAAGAAGCUUGCAAAAAGUAUGAUGAGGCUACCCGUUUGAACCCUGCACUUCAUGAUGCUUAUUAUAACUGGGCUAUUGCCAUAUCUGAUAGAGCCAAAUUGCAUGGCCGUACAAAGGAAGCUGAAGAACUAUGGAAGCAGGCAACAAAGAAGUAUGAAAAAGCCGUUCAACUAAAUUGGAACAGUCCCCAGGCUCUCAACAACUGGGGACUUGCUUUACAGGAAUUGAGUACAAUUGUUCCUGCACGAGAAAAACAGACAAUAGUAAGAAGUGCAAUCAGUAAGUUUCGUGCAGCAAUACAGUUGCAAUUUGAUUUCCAUAGAGCAAUUUACAACCUCGGCACUGUUCUGUAUGGAUUAGCAGAAGACACAUCAAGAACUGGAGUACCAGUUGUUGGGCACGCGGUUUCCUCCAGUGAAUUAUACAGUCAAUGUGCUAUCUAUAUUGCUGCUGCUCAUGCUUUGAAACCAAAUUACUCAGUUUACAGCAGUGCCUUGAAUCUUGUGCGGUCCAUGCUUCCUUUACCCUUUUUAAAGGUUGGAUAUCUUACAACGCCACCGGUGCUAAAUCCAGUUGCCCCACAUAGCGAUUGGAAACGCUUUCAAUUUGUUUUGAAUCAUGAAGGACUUGUACAGAUCCAUGAUGAUGAGCAAAAACAGAUGGCAAAGGGUAUUCCCUCCAUAUCUGGAGAUAAAACAACUAACGUCAGACCAGCUAUUAGAGUUGAUAUUCCAGACGUUGUAUCAGUAACAACAUGCUCAGAUCUGACUUUACCACCUGGUCCUUCCAUCUUCAUUGAUACGAUUCGUGGACCAAUAUUCUUGAUUGCAGAUUCAUGGGAAUAUUUGGACACGUGGCUUGAUGCUAUUCAGCUAGUUUACACAAUAUUUGCACGGGGUAAGACUGAUGUUCUAGCUGGCAUAAUAACUGGAUAGAGUUUUGUUUGUAUUGCAAAUGAUUUUUUUUAUUCAGUCUUAAAUGACUUGUUAGGAUUAGGUCUUGCUUGUAAGAUUCUUGUAU